CGGACUCUACAAAGAACACUCUCGCUCCUAUAUAUAUAUAUAUAAUCAAAGCUUCGGUCCCUAAAACCAAAGCUUUCCUUCUCUCUCUAUAAUUCGUCGUCGUUUUGGUAUUUUCCAGCCAUGGCCGCCUGUGCUAGCUUCGUCAAGCUCAACGCUUCAUCAUCCAACUGGAUCGGUCAACAGUCCUUCGCUCAGCCACGUGGAUCAUCCUCAUCUCGUCUCACCAGGAGCCGAGUCGCCCUCCCGAUCCGCGCCGGGGCUUACACCGAUGAACUCGUUAAAACCGCUAAAACAAUUGCAUCCCCUGGUCGUGGUAUCCUUGCUAUUGAUGAGUCCAAUGCUACUUGUGGAAAGAGAUUAGCAUCCAUAGGCUUGGACAACACAGAGGUCAACCGUCAAGCUUACAGGCAACUCCUGUUAACUACCCCCGGCCUCGGUGAAUACAUCUCCGGUUCGAUUCUCUUCGAGGAAACACUUUACCAGUCCACAACAGAUGGAAAGAAGUUUGUUGAUUGUUUGAAGGAUGAGAAUAUUGUCCCUGGGAUCAAAGUUGAUAAGGGUUUGGUUCCAUUGCCCGGGUCGAACAAUGAGUCUUGGUGCCAAGGUUUAGAUGGGUUGGCUUCAAGAUCUGCUGAGUACUACAAGCAGGGUGCUCGAUUUGCUAAAUGGCGAACCGUUGUUAGCAUUCCUUGUGGUCCUUCUGCUCUAGCUGUGAAGGAAGCUGCUUGGGGACUCGCCCGCUAUGCUGCUAUUUCUCAGGACAAUGGUCUUGUGCCCAUUGUUGAGCCUGAGAUUCUUCUCGACGGUGACCACCCAAUUGAGAGGACCUUAGAAGUGGCUGAGAAGGUCUGGUCUGAAGUUUUCUUCUACUUGGCCCAAAACAACGUGGUCUUUGAAGGAAUUCUUCUUAAGCCCAGCAUGGUUACCCCCGGUGCUGAGCACAAGAAUAAGGCUGACCCCGAGACAAUCGCCAAAUACACUCUCACAAUGCUUAAGAGGAGAGUUCCUCCAGCUGUUCCAGGAAUCAUGUUCUUGUCUGGAGGCCAAUCUGAAGCCGAAGCAACCUUAAACUUGAACGCUAUGAACCAGAGCCCUAACCCAUGGCACGUAUCCUUCUCAUACGCUCGUGCCCUCCAAAACUCUGUCCUAAAGACAUGGCAAGGACGCCCCGAGAAUGUCACAGCUGCACAAACAUCAUUGUUGAUCCGUGCAAAGGCGAACUCGUUGGCUCAGCUCGGUAGGUACUCAGCCGAGGGUGAAAGCGAGGAGGCCAAGAAGGGAAUGUUCGUCAAGGGCUACACCUACUAAAGAGUCACUCAAAGAACAACCGGUGGCCACUUUCGUGCUUAAUUGGCAUUUGAAAGCGUUUUCGUUGCCUCGUUUUUUUUUUCGAAUUUUCGGUUUUGUAAUCUUUGGUUAGUUAUUAUUAUUAUUUGAUUUAGUGGAAAGACUUACCAUUAUUGUUAGAUAAUAAGCCUUUCCUUUUCUUCUUCACUGCAGCUUCUGUUUUAUUUUGAGUUUAUUUAUAAUAGUGUUUGAAUAAUACCAGUGAGCAAGGAAAUGUUUUUUUGUGAACAGUAAAAGAUAGAAUGAAGCAAAGAAGAGUAUAUGAGAACUCAUUUUAUCUUAA